CCCCCCCCGGUCGCCAGAGCCGGGACAGAGGAGGCGCGCCUGAGCGAGGCCCCGCCCGCCGCCGACUCCCGGCCUUCCCCGCGUGCUCCUCGGGCGCCGCCGCCGCCGCUGGUUGUCGCCCCCGGAGGAGGAGACGACGAUGGCGAGGACGGGGCGGCUGCUGCUGCUGCUGCUGGCGCCGGGGCUGCUGCGGAGGGCGCCGGCUCGGCUGGCUGCGCGUUGGGCGGGCGGCGCGCCGGAGCAGCCGCAGGAGCCGGAGCAGGUGGUGGCGGAGCUGGAGAGGAAGCUCCAGCGGCAGCAGAAGGCGGUGCGGUGGCGCAAGCUGCGGAGGCAGAUGGAGCCGCGGGGGGCCCCCGAGCGCACCUUGACCCGCCAGGCCAUGGAGCAGAUCCGGUACCUCCGCCAGGAGUUCCCCGAGGACUGGCCUGUCCCCCGCCUGGCCCAGGGCUUCCAGGUGGAGCCUGACAUCAUUCACAGGGUCCUGAGGAGCCGCUUCUCCCCUUCCGUGGAGCGAAGCAGAAAGCAGGACGGCCGCGUGCUGGCCAGGCAGAGCAGCCUCCGAAGCAGCAGUGGGGGGCAGCCCACAGGCCCCGGCCCCGGGCAGCAGGCCCUGCUGACCCGCGAGUCAACCUUCAGGCUGCUGCCAGCCAUCUCUGGGAGGGGGUCGCUCCCCCAGCGUGCAGCCCCCUUGGACAGCUCCGCUCCCAAAGCUGUAGAAAGGAAGAGAGCCGACCGGGGUCAGGAUGCUCCCCAGCCAGAAAGCAGCAGCCGGGUGGAGGAGGAGGAGGAGGAAGAAGAGGAAUGGCAGGGCCAGAUUCUGAGCGAGGGGUUGUUGGCUGAGCUGGCAGCAGAGGGCUGGGAGUCCAGCCUCCGGGUAGUGCAGAGGGGCAGGGAGUUCUUGGAUGGAGAUGGAAACCUCCUCUACAGGGUCCCAGUCCCUCAACAGGACAAGGAGAACCAGUAGGAGAAGGGAGGGGCCGUUGUUGCUUUGAAGGGGGAGGGCAGCACUGUUUCCUUGCCCUAAUCUGCAGGCAAGGGGGGGCCCUGAAGAGAGGUUGCUGCCUGCCUGUGCUUUUUCUUGAGUUCCCCUGUCAGCCUGCAGGGUGGCCAGUGUUGUCUCUCAUGGCUGUGCAAAGGGGCUUGUGGCAUGCAUGGGGCAAUGCCCUCCUGGGCAUUCCAGCUCCAGAGCAUCCUCAGCUUGGGGUUUCCACACAGAUCGUGCUCCCGGGGAAAGGAAGCAUCUUCUCCUUUGCAACUGUAGUUCCACACUUGGCCCAAAAUCCCUGAUGCAGGAGGACUCUGUGUGUGUGGGGGGGGGGGGGCUUCUCUCAUUGGACAAGGGUGGCUUCAAGCAGGACUGGACACAUUAAAUGAAUAAAUGGUAUUUGAAUUAA